AUGAUAGAACAAUCUCCCACUCCAAAAGGGGGAGGUUUUGGUACGGAAUUCUUCAAGAUCUUUGGGGCUCAACCCAAGAAGACCACGACUCGUGAUGGCCAAACCCCAAAGCGUCGAGGCCCCAAGCCUGACAGCAAGCCCGCCCUGACUCGUCGGCAAGAAUUGAACCGUCAGGCCCAGAGGACUCAUCGUGAGCGAAAGGAACAGUACAUGCGAUCCCUCGAGACGGAGGUGUCGCGGUUACGGGAAGCCUACACCCAUGAAAUCUCCGAUGCGAACGUCACAAUUCAGAAACAAAAAGACAUGCUACAGUCGGCUCAUGUUGAGAACGAAAUUCUGAAAGAGAUCCUGGUCGCCCAUGGAAUCCAAUACGGAGAUGAGCUCGAGAAACGUCGGUCGGAGCGCCCCGUUGGGUAUCAAACCAGCCCAAUCGCUGCCAGUAGCACCGGAUCGCAGACAGCCGGCUUCGCCCAAUCCGCAAGUCAGCAGAAUACGACUCCCGGCACAUCCAUCUCAACGGGCAUGAGCCCCAAGAUGAAUGCCGUCGACCAUCCCGAAGUGACGCCACCCGUGGCAUUCGCGCCACAGGUCUACCACGCCAGCGCGGCUGACCCCAUCGGAUCCCUCGAUCGCUCCGCAUACCAAGCAGGUGGCUCACCGGUAUCUGCCAUGCGCGGCGUUUUUGAAACCGACCCUCAGCUCCAGGUCGACUUUAUCCUCACAUUGGAAGCACCAUGCCGUGAACACACAGACUAUCUCUGCCGUCGCUCAGUGACUGAAGCCGACGACGAGGACAUGCCUUUUUCAGGCCAUGCAUUGAUGGCAACAUGUCCGCCACCUAGCUACAUUAAACACACAACCCCCGAACAAACUUACCCUCACAAGACCUACGACCUACCACUCGCCAACCUAAGCACGCUCUUGAAUCUCAGUCGGCAGCUCGUGACAGACGGUCAAAUUACACCAAUCAUGGCCCUGCAAUGCCUCAAGAACCACGAACUUUACACAACCCUCAGCCGCGACGAUGUCAAGAUCAUCAUCGAAACCCUGAACACCAAAGUUCGUUGCUACGGCUUCGGUGCCGUUGUCGAAGACUUCGAGCUCAUGGAUUGUCUGAGCAGCGUCGUCGGGACAAAGGUUGACGCAGGUGUUUCGCGCGUCCGUGACGACUCGAUGUACGCGUGA